UGAGUGCCUCGAUCGCCGCAACAAACGUAAUCGAACGUUCAAUCAAUUUUGAAUUUAAACUCUAUUUAAACGUUAAACCAAACGGUUGGUUUGAAAAUUAUUAAAAAAAACAUUUAUUAUUAAAAUAAACACCAAAAAAUCGAAAAAUGAUCGAGGACAAAGAUAUGAUUGAAGUGAAUUUAAAUUCGAAAUUAAUGCAUUUACAAGAUGAAAUAAAUGAUUUGCGUUUACGUGAAGCCUCGCACUGUAUAACGAAAUCCUAUAGUAUUAAUGAUUUAAAGGAACGUGAAUUGGCUGAAAGUAAAUUGAAUAAUUAUCAGAAAUAUGCUACAAUUGGUGGCAUUAAGAAGACUUCUAAUAAAAUGUUGGAUAAUCCCAAUAUCAGUUGUCUGCGUCAAAUGUAUUGUCCCGAUUGUCAUCAGCGUCUGGAUGCGGAAAGUGUGAGAUUUGAGACUUUGUUGUCGUGCUGCCUGCCCUUAUUCCCCAUCAGUCGUGUCUAUCAGUGCUGUUUGAAACGUUCCAUUGGUCGUAAAGUUAUAUGCAAUAAAUGUGGCAGUAAUUUAGGCUACUGGAAACGUUCGUAAAUAAAAUAGGUUAAAUUCUUUUAUAGGUUAAAAUAGCUGUAAAUAAAAAUUAAUUAAUAAAAUAAGUAAAAAAUUUUACACUCUUUCAA